AUGUCACCGCUGGAUCGCGAGAAAUGUAAAAUCAUAUACACCGACACGGACAGUCUCGUAUACCACAUCCAGUGCGACGAUGUGUACAAGACGAUGAAACGCGAUAUCGCUAGAUUCGAUACGAGCGAUUAUCCACCGGACAACGCGUACGGGAUGCCUCUCGUGAAUAAAAAAGUAUCCGGUCUAAUGAAGGAUGAGAAUAACGAUGCGAUGACAGAAUUCAUCAGACUCAGAGCGAAGAUAUACGCGGUGAGGGUGGAUGGCAGAAAAGACAUUAAAAAGGCGAAAGGUGUAAAAAAUAACGUCGUAGCGCGAACAAUAACGUUCGACGAUUACACGCGGUGCUUAAAUGAAGAGAUCGAAAUGACUCGUCGCCAGUCGUGUAUAAGAUCCAAGCUACAUCAAGUAUAUACGGUGUCCGAGUCGAAAAUCGUUCUGAGUCCGUACGAUGACAAACGAUACAUCAUACCGGAUACGACGGAGACGUUACCGUGGGGACAUUGGCGGAUUUCAUUAUAA